AUGACAGCGGAUGCUUAUUUUGGAGAUAAAAGUUCAUUUGGAGAAAAUAGAAGUGCCUUUAAUUUUACCAAUGUUACAAGUAGUUCUUCACACAGGGGUCCAGACUAUACCCACCCAGGACAAUCUACUGCUGGCUGCUGUACAAAACCCAAGUUUCAGACUCCACGCACUGGGUAUCCAGUUACAUCCUCGUCUUCAGUGUCUGCUCAACCAUCAUCCUCCAUCAUUGUAGCUGUUGUGGAAGGACGGGGACUAGCCAGAGGUGAAAUCGGAAUGGCUAGUCUGGAUUUAAAGAACCCCGAGGUUGUUUUAUCUCAGUUUGCAGACAACGCCAUAUAUGUGAAGGUAAUAACCAAACUCCAAAUGUUGUCACCUCUGGAAAUUCUAAUGUCAAAUACUGCCUGUGAUAAUGGUAGUUCAACUAAACUCUUUCGCCUGAUAACAGAAAACUUUAAGGAUGUGUCCUUUACUACUGUCCAAAGGAAAUAUUUUAAUGAAACUAAAGGUUUGGAAUAUAUUGAAAAAUUAUGUGCUCCCGAAUUCAGUACUGUCAUAAUGGAGGUUCAGUCCAAAUACUACUGCCUUGCUGCGGUGGCGGCAUUGUUCAAGUAUGUAGAAUUUAUUCAGAAUUCUGUUUAUGCUCCAAAAUCCCUCAAGAUUCGGUUUCAAGGAAGUGGGCAAACCGCUAUGAUAGAUUCUACAUCUGCACAAAACCUUGAACUCCUAGUUAACAUCAGAGAUUCCAGGAAUGGUCAUACCCUAUUUGCUGUUAUGAAUUAUACGAAAACCCCAGGAGGAAGCCGUAGACUUCGUUCCAGCAUUUUAGAGCCUCUUAUUGAUUUGGAAACUAUAAGUACCAGACUGGACUGUGUGCAGGAAUUUCUUGAGGAGGAGGACAUGUUUUUUAGCCUCCAAUCUGUACUUUCUAGGUUUCUGGAUACAGAACAUCUGCUUUCCAAUAUUGUUCAGAUUCCAAAGCAGGAUACGAGUAAAGCCGCAGAAGCGAAAAUAAGCUAUUUGAUUUCACUUAAGCACACCCUAGAACUGAUCGAGCCUUUAAAGGAGGCAUUAAAGAAUUGCAAGACACCACUUCUCAGAGCAUACUAUGCAUCAUUGGAAGAUAAAAGGUUUGACAUCAUUCUAGAAAAAAUUAAAGCUGUCAUUAAUGAUGACACAAGAUAUUCAAAAGGCUGUCUGAACAUGAGAACCCAGAAAUGCUAUGCAGUUAAACCAAAUAUCAAUGAAUUCCUUGACAUUGCUCGCAGAACAUAUGCAGAAAUAGUAGAUGACAUUGCUGGAAUGAUAUCACAGCUUUCUGAGAAGCACAGCCUGCCACUGAAAACCAGCUUUAGCACUGCCAGAGGAUUUUUUAUCCAAAUGAACGCUGAUGGAAAUGUGACGUCCACACUGACCCUUCCUACAGAAUUUGUAAAGGUGACUCGAAUUAAAAAUACAUACAGUUUUACAUCAGUCGACUUAAUCAAAAUGAACGAAAGAUGCCAAGAAUCUCUACGGGAAAUCUAUCACAUGUCAUAUCUAAUAGUAUGUAAACUGCUUAGUGAGAUCUAUGAACAUAUCCAUUGCCUUUAUAAAUUAGCAGAUACAGUUUCAAUGCUGGAUUUGCUGCUUUCCUUUGCUCAUGCUUGCACUCUCUCAGAUUACGUUCGCCCAGAAUUCACAGAUACAUUAGCAAUUAAACAAGGAUGGCAUCCAAUCCUGGAAAAAAUAUCUCUUGGGAAACCCAUCUGUAAUAACACUUACAUAACAGAAGGAAGUAACUUUCUGUUUUUAACUGGACCGAAUAUGAGUGGAAAAUCAACUUAUUUAAAGCAGAUAGCCCUGUGUCAGAUCAUGGCACAGAUUGGGUCCUUUGUGCCAGCUGAAUAUGCAAGCUUUCGGAUUGCAGAGCAGAUAUUCACAAGAAUUGGAAUGGAUGACGAUAUUGAAACCAAUUCUUCAACGUUCAUGAGAGAAAUGAAGGAGAUUACAUACAUUGUACAAAAUGCUAAUGAUAAAUCGCUCAUAAUCAUUGAUGAACUGGGAAGAGGAACUAGUACAGAGGAAGGAAUUGGUCUGUGUUACGCGAUCUGUGAAUACCUGCUGGGCAUAAAGGCAUUUACACUAUUUGCUACACAUUUUCUUGAACUGUGUCACCUUGGCACAUUAUACCCAAAUGUGGAGAAUUAUAAUUUUGAAGUGCAGCAUGUCAGAUCUAAAGGUGCCAGUGAUGAUUCCAUCUCCUACACGUACUUACUAUCAAAAGGACACACAAAGGAAAAGAACUAUGGUUUGAAAGCAGCAGAGCUUUCGUCCUUACCAGGGUCAAUCCUGAAAGAUGCGAAUGACAUUGCAAAUCAAGUAGCAGGUCGAAUCUUGCAAAAACAAACCAAAACCGCAGAGAGUGUCAAACAGAUGGCAGUUUAUCAUUUAGCUACAAGACUUAUACAAACAGCUCGAAACUCUUGCUUGGACCCAGACAGUUUGCGAACCUAUGUCAAACAUCUCAAGAAGAAUUACGAAUCUGAGUGCCUUGCUGUGGAGCACUUAACUGAAGAGUAGCAGCUGUAUUUACACUGUACACUACAGCCACGUCCAUGCCAUUGUAAACUUAGCUGUCCAAAUAGUUGUUCUUUGUUUUAUUACACAGCAACUACA